AUGGCAAACAUGCUUAUUGACGGUGCAGCACAUAACAAGAUCUUGUCUUUUAUGGACGGUAAUGCAGGAUAUAAUCAAAUCAUGGUCGCUGAAGCAGAUGUUCACAAAACCGCAUUCAUUUGCUCGGGGGCAGUAGGAGCCUAUGAGUACGUCGUCAUGCCUUUCGGACUAAAGAAUGCAGGAGCUACCUACCAAAGGGCAAUGAACGUUAUAUUUCACGACAUGAUUGGACACACUCUAAAGGUGUAUAUCGAUGAUGUGGUCAUCAAAUCUCAGGAACAAGGAGCACAUAUCAAAGAUCUACGCAAGGCAUUCAACAGAAUGCGGCAACAUCAGCUGAAGAUGAAUCCAAAGAAAUGUGCAUUCGGUGUCCAAGCAGGGAAUUUUUUAGGAUUUUUGGUACAUCAGAGAGGCAUUGAAGUUGACAAAAACAAGGCCAAGGCAAUUAUCGACGCCCCGAUACCUCGUAAGAAAAAGGAGCUACAGAGCCUUCUCGGGAAAAUCAAUUUCCUAAGAAGAUUUAUAGCCAAUUCAUCAGGAAAAGUACAACCGUUUUCCCCGUUGUUGAAGGUAAAGGAGGGAGAGCCAUUCAUAUGGGGUCCUGCCCAACAAGAAGCGUUUGACCAGAUAAAGCUUUAUUUGACCAAACCUCUAGUCCUAAUGCCACCAAAAAAGGGUAUACCACUAAAAUUGUAUAUUUCCGCUUUAGAAAAUUCAAUCGGUAGUUUACUGGCCCAGGACAAUGAUGAGGGCAAGGAACAAGCUGUAUUUUACUUAAGUCAAAUUUUACAAGAUGUGGAAACCCGUUAUUCAGCUAUUGAAAAACUUUGCCUUGCUCUUUACUUCACUACAGUAAAACUUCGUCAUUACAUGCUUCCUUUUACUGUUCAUAUCAUAGUAAAGACAUAUCUCAUUAAAUAUAUGCUUAACCGGCCAGUGCUUAGGGGACGAUUAGGAAAGUGGAUCUUGGCUUUGUCCGAAUUCAGUUUUAGGUAUGUCCCUCAAAAAGCGAUUAAAGGGCAAGCCAUUGCAGACUUUCUAGCCGCCCACCCUUGUGUGGAAAUCGAAGAUUUAAGCACCUUAGAAAUUGCUAAUAUGGGUUUUUCGCCAGAGCAAAGAGCGCCAAAAUUUGAGUUCAAAAGCAUACUCGUCAAAACGGUACAGAUCAAACCAUGGAAGCUGUACUUUGAUGGAUCCAAGAUAGAUUUAGCCACCGGAGCAGGCAUUGUCUUGGAAGAACCAUUCGGAGCCAAAUACGCCUACUCUUUCCAGCUCAAUUUUGAUAGUACUAACAAUAGGGCUGAGUACGAAGCUUUAAUUAUCGGCCUAGAAAUGGCAUUAGAACUGGGAGUAAAGCAUUUAGAAGUGUUCGAAGAUUCUCAAUUAAUAAUUAGGCAGAUAACCAACGAAUACAAAUGCAAGGACCCGAGUAUGGCAGCCUACUACGUGGCAGCUCGUAAUUUAGGAUCUGUGUUUAAAACAAUAUCAAUCAAAUACGUCCCAAGGGAUAAGAAUCUGGCCGCCAAUGAAAUGGCACAGAUAGCAUCCGGCAUUCAAAUUCAAGAAAGUCAGUCUGAACGAACUAUCACAGUACAAAAAAGGGCUCUUCCUUCAAUCCUCAGUAGAGGAAUGGAUCUUGAGAUAAAUGCCCACGAUGUACAAACCGGAGACUGGAGAAAGCCACUGCUUGAAUACUUGACUAAUCCAACUCCUAGAGCAAAUAGAAAAUUGAAAUAUCAGGCUACGAAGUUUGUCGUGAUAAAUAACGAAUUGUUCAGACGAUCCAAGGAAGGAAUUCUUUUACGGUGCUUAGGACUUCAAGAAUCAAUGCGCAUUAUGGGCGAGAUUCAUGAAGGCACUUGCGGAGCACAUCAAUCCGGGAAAAAGAUGCGGUGGCUCAUCAAAAGAUAUGGUUACUUCUGGCCAACGAUGGAGAAAGAUUGUUUUAAUUAUGCCAAAGGAUGCGAGGAUUGCCAACGGAAUAGUCUGAUUCAACAUGCUCCGGCAACUCUUUUGAAUCCAAUCAUAAAGCCUUGA